UGCGCUCUCUCUCCCUCGAUCGCCUCCACUUGUGUAGGCGCUCUUAAACCAGAAAAUUUACGCACGGCAGUCAUUCGUUAACGGGCAGCCUAAUGUUGGCGUUCCUCCGUCUCUACUAGCUGGCUUAUCUCCUCCUUAAAGAGCAGGUAGAAGUGAGCUGAGCGGGAGAGAGAAGAAGACCGCGGGGGAGAAGAAAGAGAAGAAUGAUGAAAGGGGGGAGGAGAGCCGAUCAUUCCGGCUGCCCGCAUCUGCUGCUCUAGUGGAGGGUAGAGAGUAGAGAAAGAGGAGAUGGCACAACGCUUCAGCAUCCAAAACAAACGGGAGUGGUGCGCCACCGAGACCGGAGCCCCGGACCCACCCGAAGCAGCAUCCCACUCACAGCUCACCCAUCGCGCCUGUUCCCCGCACGGCAACGCCUCAGCCACGGUAAGAGAGGUUGGAUAAGCCCUAAGGAUGCAAGUUGUUUUCAAUCAGCUCUGUAGUUACCAGCUGUGCCCUCACAUUCCCCAGGGUGGCACAACCUAGGCAUUAAUCAUCACUCCCUCUGUCUCUGCAUGUGAUUCCUCUGUGAGGACUGGAAGGGGAGUACCUUGACUGCAUUUCCUCAAAGAAGACCUUUCUUCCCCAACAUCCGGCACUCCCUUCUCCACCUGCCAUGGUGACAUGACACACCCCUGAGUGGCUUUGCUCCUUUCUCGCACACAUAGACACUCUUUUGGACUUCUGAAAUCCCUAAACUUGUGCAGACAUUCUCUUGAAUCCAGCAAACUAAAAAAGACAUCUUCCUGGACACCCAACACCUCCCUGUUCGCAAUGACGGUGGCUGUGCGGUUCCGUCGCCACUUACGUAGGCUCCUGCUCCUGCUGGCCUCCUGCUGUCUCGUCUCCCUCCUCCUCUCUGCCUACUUUCUGUUUACAAACUCCUCCCCUUCCAUGCCACUUGGACAAUCCCCUGAGCCCGCCUGCUCCCAGCCACUCUCCCCAUACCAUCAACUUCCAUACCCGUACCCCCCUAACCCCCCUCACACACUUGUCCACACUGACCAGGUGGUGCUGGUGCUGGUAGAGUCCCAGUACUCCCAGCUGGGUCAGGACAUUGUGGCUAUAUUGGAGUCAGCACACUUUCAGUUUCGCAUGGAAAUUGCCUCAGGGAAGGGUGACCUUCCUCCGCUGACAGAGAAAGGCCGCGGCCGAUAUUCACUCAUCAUUUACGAAAAUCUUUUAAAGUAUGCACAUGCUGACACAUGGAACAGACAGCUCUUGCUUCAAUACUGUACUGAGUACAGAGUGGGCAUCAUAGGUUUCUACCGCUCCACUGAGAGCUCCCCACCUCUCCUCAAACUCCGUGGCCUCCCGCUUGUGCUUAGGACCAACCAGGCACUUUGGGACUGCUGCGUGGUGUCUAGCUCGCCUCUCCUUCACCUGACCAAGCCCGGCACGGAUCGAGGGGCUUUACCUGGGGAGGACUGGACCUCCUUCUCUUCCAAUCACUCCACCUACCAGGCUGUGCUGCAUGCACGGGCCAAGGAGGGAGCAGGGGCAGGUAGUGGUGAUAAUCCAGGGCCUGGCUUUAGUUUAGGCCUCCAAGCCACUGUGGUGCAGGACAUGGGACUCUAUGAUGGGGUAAGGAGGGUGCUAUUUGGCCAGGGACUUGGUUACUGGCUCCAUAGACUCAUUCUGGUGGAUGCCAUCUCCUACCUCACAGACAGGAAGCUUACUUUGGGUCUGGACCGGCACAUACUGGUGGAUAUUGACGACAUCUUUGUGGGCAAGGAAGGGACACGCAUGAACGCCAAGGAUGUUAAGGCUCUUCUUGAUUCUCAGAAACAACUGCGUUCUCAGAUUUCCAACUUUACCUUCAACCUGGGGUUCUCUGGAAAGUUCUACCACACAGGAACAAUGGAGGAGGACGAGGGAGAUGAUUUACUAUUGAAGUACGUGGAUGAGUUCUGGUGGUUCCCCCACAUGUGGAGCCACAUGCAGCCUCACCUCUUCCACAACGAGUCCUCACUGCUGGAGCAGAUGGUCCUCAACAAGGAGUUUGCUCUGGAGCACAACAUCCCAGUGGACAUGGGCUACGCCGUGGCCCCUCACCACUCAGGUGUCUACCCUGUUCACCUGCAGCUGUACAAGGCUUGGAGACGUGUGUGGAACAUUCAGGUCACCAGCACUGAAGAGUACCCCCACCUCAAACCCGCCCGCUACCGCAAGGGCUUCACCCACAACAACAUCAUGGUGAGGAGACAACAUGGUGAAUCACAUGUCUAUGUAAAAACCUCAGGGUUGCAUCAGCAUCCCCGAAAGCGCACACACAUGCAAGUGUGCACAACCAUAUCGAUAAAUGCACUUAGAUCAAUCGACAUCUGUGGCUCAGUGAUCAGUAUAUUUAUGACCCACCUGUCCAACUAUGGCAAUGAUCGACUGGGUCUUUACACAUUCGUCCACCUGGCUUCCUUCCUUCGCUCGUGGACAAACCUGAAACUCCACACACUCCCACCGCUGCAGCUUGCACAAAAGUACUUUCAGCUUUUUCCCGAACAAAGGAACCCGCUCUGGCAGAACCCAUGCGAUGAUAAACGACAUAAAGACAUCUGGUCUAAAGAGAAAACCUGUGACAGGUUACCCAGGUUUAUGGUCAUAGGCCCACAGAAAACAGGAACGACAGCACUUUAUCUCUUCCUACUCAUGCAUCCCUCCAUCUCCAGUAACUUCCCCAGUCAAAAGACUUAUGAGGAGGUACAGUUCUUCAACACUAAUAACUACCACAAAGGAAUUGACUGGUACAUGGAGUUUUUCCCCUUGCCUUCUAAUGUAACCACGGACUUCCUGUUUGAGAAAAGCGCUAACUACUUCCCCUCAGAAGAGUCCCCGCGGCGAGCUGCUGCCUUGCUGCCCAAGGCCAAGAUCAUCACUCUGCUCAUCAACCCCUCUGACAGGGCCUACAGUUGGUAUCAGCAUCAAAGAGCUCACGAGGACCACGCAGCCCUGCGGUUUACCUUCUAUGAUGUCAUCAGUGCCAGACCAGGAGCACCGGCCGAGCUCCGCUCCCUGCAGAGCCGCUGUCUCAUUCCCGGUCUCUACUCUUCACACCUAGAGAGGUGGCUCACGUACUACCCUGCCAACCAGGUGAUGAUCAUAGAUGGCCAUCAGCUGAGAACGGACCCUGCAGCAGUAAUGGAUGAAGUGCAGAAGUUCCUAGGUGUCACUCCUCAUUUCAACUACUCCCAGGCCCUUACGUUUGACCCUCAGAAGGGCUUUUGGUGCCAGCUUCUUGAGGGAGGAAAGACAAAAUGUUUGGGAAAGAGCAAAGGGAGAAAGUACCCUCCAAUGGAGCCAGAGGCACAUGCAUAUCUCUCCAGGUACUACAAGGAACACAACGUGGAGCUGUCAAAGCUGCUGCAUCGCCUCGGUCAGCCCCUUCCCUCCUGGCUGCGAGAGGAGCUGCAGAAGAUAACCUUUGCAUCCAUGAACCAGGGUUAAAAGUCAUGUGGUCGAAGACCAGGAAGUGACCAGGAGCACCUGACCUUCAGAUCAGAUGCAAUGUCUGUGGCCUGUUAGUGAACCCUGAGGUGAAGGUAAGGACGGGGUGCCUCUUUUCACCUAGGAGCUGGGCCACUGCUGGAGGAGGCAGAUGUCAUGAAAAGCAAAGAAGCAUGAAACUUUGGAGCGCUUAAACUGAACUCUUGGAAGGACGAAAGGAUGGAAUCAGAGUUUCAGGUGACUCUGACAGCUCUGUCUAAAGGGGGACAAAAAGAAAGAGCCACAUUAUAAGGAUGACGAGAACUAUGGGAGACAAGGAGUAUUUGGCAAGUCUUCGAUGCCCAAACUCAGUUCUGAACUGUGGUGAACUCUCAUGCAGACCUGCGGUGACUUUGAGUGUUAUUACUUUUUGUUUGAUUUCCACCUUUAAUUUAUGAUGCCAGAACAGCGCUGGUCAGCUGUGUGUGGUUCCCUUAGAGAUGACUUUGCACUAAGUUCUGUUCUGAUCUCCAAGACAAAAAAAUUAAAUAAAAAUAUAUAGCAUCCUAUGUGGUUUUGUUAACUA